GAAAGUGGAAAUAGAAUUACUCUAAAAAAAGGAUAUUUUAUUAAGUUUUAUAAGAAAAUAGUGUUUUCGCCAUGAACGGUAUUAGAAUCGUUAAAAACCUUCCUUUCCGCCAGCUGCGUUCUUUUUCAAGAUGGUCAGUAAUGCACCAAGAAGUAGUGCAAGCCGCGGCUCCUCUGUCCAUUCCGGUUCCUGAAGGCGUAGACAAGCCGGCAUCGCCUAAAAUUGAGAAGUUGGUAGCGGAGAUCACGACCCUGAAUCUUCUGGAGGUGUCGGAGCUGAGUCAGGUGCUGAAACGGCGGCUGAACCUGCCCGACGCGCCCGUGAUGCCGAUCGGAGGGUUCGCAGCCGCCGCGCCCGCCGCCGACGAGGAGGAGGCUGCACCAAAGGCAGUCAAAACUAGUUUCACUGUAAAAAUUACCAAAUUUGACGAGAAACAAAAAGUGGCACUCAUCAAAGAAGUUAAGAAUCUUCUAGAAGGGUUCAACCUUGUUCAGGCCAAGAAGUUUGUAGAGAGCGCCCCCACAGUCGUCAAGGCAGACAUUUCCAAAGAUGAGGCUGAGAAGCUAAAGGAAGCACUAUCCAAAGUUGGAGCCAUCAUAGAAAUCGAUUAGAUUAGCCAUUAGAUGUACAGUUUAGUUUGUAAUUUAUGUUAUAUUAUACUUGGAGAAAUAAAAAGGUAGUCUUCGUUA